AUGGUCUUUACCCAUGACUUCCGUGUCAGCGCACGAGACACACUCAAGUUCUUAGUUGGUGUGGGAGAUUGGGCGCACGCCACAGUUUACGUCACAGAUUGCAACGUCACUGGAGAACUUUGCGGGUUAAGAGAGGUAAUUGUGCCGGCGUUAAACGAUACACCCAUAGGCGAGGAGACGCAGUGCGGACCGGAGGAAGCUAUCGCAGCGUCUACCACAAUAGUUAACCCAAUCCAACUGCAGAGGAUGACAAUGGACGGAAUUGAGGUGGUUGGCACGCAGCAUCACGCUGCAGCCAGUCCAUUCCUUCUUUCGUCACCACCACCGGGACACCAUCAUCACCAUGUCCAUCACACCCACGCUUCAUACAAUAUUCAAGCUGUUCAAUUGAGUUUUGACACCUGUCUGGCUUACAAUACUGCGACUUCAACUUCAGGGAUCCACAUAGGUCGUGGAACGUCAUCGCCGAUUGCCGCGACCUCCAUCAACAGUGGCAAAGCAGUGUCACUUCUCACACUCUCCAGCUGUCCUCCAUUACAUUCUGCCAGUUCGGACUCCUCGGAUGCUCAUCACCGACACCGGCAUCAUCACCACCACAAUCAUCAUCACAAUGAUACCCACCAGCAUCAUUCCAUCUCUGACAAUCCCAUCUCACCGGGUGAUUCUGGAAAAAAACAAAUCCAACAUCAAAGGAAUGGUGAUGAUGAUGAUGUGUGCAUUGGAAACUGCCAAGAUGACAUCCAUGAUACCACAGAAAAAGAUAAACCUGGUGAUUUAAACACUCCUGUGACCACCAGCAGUGAUUUGCCAUCUUUUUUUGGACCCUCGGCGCUCGUAGAACCACCGCCAAUAUCAGGUAGCCUAGCAGGUGAUGAUCUUUCCCUCGAAGCAGCAACUGUGGAGGAUGAUGAAACGGUGGUUUCUACGGGAAGAGAUCACCAGCAGCAUCAUCACCACCAUCACCAAGAUAACACGGAUUCCACUGGCGGAUCACAUCCAGCGUCUAGUCCCCAGCGUCAUCAUCAGUCCCAGGAGGACAUUGAGCGCUGUAAUAUCCUUCAAGGAGGUGUCAUUCUCUACUCAGCUCCGCACUCGACGACAUCUGUUUCUUCUACGCCUGUCACUAGUGUCAACAUUUGUAAUGUACCCACGCUCACUUAUCGCGGUAUCUUUACAACUACCUGCACUCAAUCGACUACUCUCAAUACUCUUCAAACACCUCAGCAACAACAACAGCAGCAGCAACAACAACAACAACAACAACAACAACAACAACAACAACAACAACAACAGCAACAACAACAACAGCAACAACAACAACAGCAACAACAACAACAGCAACAACAACAACAGCAGCAACAACAACAACAACAAACAUCUCAAGAGAUAUGGAAUUCAAUUCCAUCACCCUCUCUUACCUUAACCAGUCAACCAUUCCUCCAUCCAUCACUUCACUCAGCCCCCUACGGUGGAGAGACUGUAGAACUUCUUCAAGUUGAUUCAAAGCCCCCAACUCAUUCUGGAUAUCACGAUUCACCAUCUUCGACAUCGACAACUUGGCUCACUAGUCACGAGGACAGCUAUGAUCCAGGACUACUGUCUCAUCACCAGCCUCAGCCUCAUCAUCAUCACCACCAUCAUCACCAAGAGACGACGCUCAAACAAGAACCAGUUGGUAACUCUGGAUACAAUCCAGCGGUGCAGCAACAUCAACAGUCUCAACCUCAACAACAGCUAUCGACAUCAGGGUCCGGGGCUGUUCAACUUGCUGAGUACAAUCCUAGCACAUCGAAAGGCCAUGAAAUUCUGUCCCAAGUCUAUCAACAGAGUUCUCUCCCUCUGAGGCUAGUACCAGUUAAACCGAGAAAGUAUCCUAACAGACCGAGCAAAACUCCAGUCCAUGAAAGGCCUUACGCUUGCCCAGUCGACGGAUGUGAUCGACGAUUCUCACGUAGCGAUGAACUUACAAGACAUAUACGUAUUCAUACGGGUCAGAAGCCAUUCCAGUGUCGCAUAUGCAUGCGCUCUUUUUCACGGAGCGAUCACCUAACUACCCAUGUUAGAACUCACACUGGUGAAAAGCCAUUUUGCUGUGAUCAAUGUGGAAGAAAGUUUGCCAGAAGUGACGAGAAAAAAAGACACGCCAAGGUUCAUUUGAAGCAGAGGCUCAAACGUGAGGCAAGUCAUAUUAACUCGAGAAAUCAUUCUCAAGCUCACGUAUCUUCUCCUUGCAAUCAAUAA